AUGACCGUAAAAAUGACAUCGAAAAAUACCAAAUGCGUCAUUAGAGGGGCAUUUACAAAACUGGAAUACGGACUGUCCAGCGGCUUACUGUUUGUUUUUAUUGAAAAAAAUUAUAAAAUUAUUCAAGAAUUGACGUCGUCGCUAAUAGAUUUAAACGAUGAUUGCCUCGCCCGCAUUUUGAGCUAUUGCACCCGUUUCCGCUGUGUCUUAUUGGAUUACGGCAAGAGUCGCUAUAGAAAAGUGAAACUAACCGGAUGUCAGGAUGAGUUGCUUCUAAUAAAAGUUGUUGGCGAUGUCGUAAUAGAUCUGUACUUCAAAUAUAAUGAAUUUAGUACCGAAUAUAAGCCGGAUAUUCUAUGCAAAGCUAUAAAAUGUAUGAACAAUCUGGAAUACGCUAUUUGGACACUUACCUGCCCGCCAUCAAGAUUCACUUUCGGGGCCAUAGUCCAGACUUUGGAAAAACUGCCCUUUCUUAAGGACAUCACGGUUCUUCAAAACAGCCAAUUCCUUGACAUCUACGGUAGACCGCGUGGUCUGAUUCUCCCAACAAACGACUGGAGGGUCAUCAUUCUGAAAGCCACCAAAGGUGCCAGUAAGCAAGUGAUCCUUAUUUUCAAUAAGGAAUCCCUAGCUCCAAUCGAAGAAGCGGGAGGAAAGCUACGGUUUGGUCUCAAUACGGUAUACGUUAGGAACGUUAAGAAUAAUCAAUCAAUUAUCAAGGAUCAAACGGAUUUUAAUAGCUCCUGAUGUGUUCCAAAGCAGCUUUAAGUUUGGUCUCCCCCAGUGCCUUAAAUCAAUAACUUUUUUAAAUUUUAAUAUAAAUUGUUAAUUAACAAAUGACAUCUCUACUAAAUGAAUGUCUCGCUUGAAUAUUGAGCCAUCUGACCAUGAAGGAUCACUUAAAAUUUCGCCCAUGUGUGCAUUCGCUUUCAAAAUGUCUUCUGGGAUUAUGGUAAGAGUCUCUAUAAGAGACUGGAACUUACCGGAUCACAAUGAGUUUCAUAGCAUCCAUAAGAGACCUCGCUUCAGCAAUGCAACCGCAGUCUUCCAACACACGACUGGAGAGUUAUUAACCUAACACGAUAAGGAAUCCAUAGCUAUAAUCAACAUUGGCUUCACUGAAAGCUGAUAACUCCAGCGGACACUGACAAUUUGAAAUUAUAAAACUGAGAGAUCCUAGUUAAGCAAUGGUCCAUCAUACUUGCAGCUUCCAUUAAAUGUCCAUAUAAGGUAGGUCUUUUUUAACAUUUUGGAUUAAAUUAUAUUACUUACAGAUCAAUAGUCACUCCCCCUUUUGGACGAACAUCCCAUUAAGAUUCCGUUACAAUUGUGAACUUUAUAAGGUUUAUUAAUCAUUAUGGUAUUUGAAUAUACAUUUCGAACUUUAACAUAGAAGUACAUACAAACAGAAUGUUUAACAAACAGUACGACUUAAUGACUACCAAAUUGUCCAGGCCCAUUGGCAACUGGAGGAUCUAACUGAUAAUGCCUUUUCUACUUUAUACUUUAUUUGUAUAUGCUUUAUAUAAAAACGUGUGAUUUUGUAUCGA